AUGCGAGAUGAGGAUCCCAAGGAGCUCAGGGAAAUUAAAAGGAGACAGAACAAGCUGAACGAAGAGAGAACCACGGGCCUAUUCCUCCAGGGCACACACGGGAGAAAGAGGAGGAAGAGGAGGAAGGGGAUGGGGAUGGGGACGGGGGUGAGGAUGACGGAUGACAAGGUCAACGCCAGCGAAGCUGAGAGAGGAGAGGAGAGAGGAGAGGAGAGGAGCGCCAGGCAGCCCUGGGAAACGCCGGAUAAUGGAUGGUUCGUGGAGACUGCGGAUGUCACAAACCAUAGUGCUCAGGCUGGUACAACUUACCCGGAAGAGACAGGAGGACGGACUGUACGAGACGACGUGGGUUUUCGAGGUCAUCCACUGGGUCCCGAAUAG